GAUGGUCUGCGAGGCCCAAUCAUCUCCUCAGUGCCGCCUGCCGGUGCCGGGGACUGGUGGUGAGGAUUCACAGCAGCGCUUCAGGACCGGACCGUGAACCCGGAGACGGCACACACUGAGGCGAAAGCAAGACACAGGAUGGAGCAGAUGUCAGAGGAGGCGUUAAGGCUAAACCUGCUAAAGCGAGGCCUGGAGUCGCCCACCGAGCGAGAGGAAGCCCUCGCCAAGCGCCUCAAAAUGGAGGGCCACGAGGCGAUGGAGCGCCUCAAGAUGCUGGCGCUGCUGAAACGCAAAGAUCUGGCGGACCUGGCCGCCCUGGAAGUUGCCGGUCCUCUGGGAGACGGGAAAGGCCCAGGCGCUAGCUCACUCCACCACCAGAGCUUAAUGGGCGCCACCUACGAGGAGAAGCUAAAUGGGAGCCUUAGACUGGGAGGACAUGGCGGCCAUGUUGGGCCCAGUAAAAACGGGAAGGAAAACGUACUGGAUGAGCCGGUGGAUAUGAGCGCCGGGCGGAGAUGUGACACGGACCACGAUAGACGAACUCCUUCUCCAGACGUCAUCAUUCUGUCAGACAAUGAAGCGUCCAGUCCCAGAACAACACCUCGCCCCGAAGAGCGCCUCAACCAUGCUAACCUGGAGAUGUUUAGGGGCAAGACUGGAGAGGAGAGGCAGCAGAUGAUCAAAGCUCUGAGAGAGGAGUUGCGUUUGGAGGAGGCUCGACUUGUGCUGCUGAAAAAGCUCCGUCAGAGUCAGAUGCAGAAGGAGAACGUGGUGCAGAAGAUACCGGUGGUCCAAAAUGCUGCGUCUUCUGGGCAGCCUUCUUCUAUGCACAGCUCCCCUGGUCUGGGGAAGCUUCCGGUACGACCAGGACUGCACAACCAGGACCCCCAGAAUCUCCGCACUGCACAGGGUCACACGGUCAUCAGAUCAGGAGCUAACGCCAACCUGCCACCAAUGCUCAUGUCGCAGCGGGUAAUAGCGCCCAACCCUGCCCAGCUACAAGGCCAGCGGCUCUCCAAGCCUGGCAUGUCUCGCUCCAGCAGCAUGGGUAACGCUGUAAGUUACCAGCAGGCCAACCAGCAGGUGGCAGCAUCCCAGCGCUCCAGCUCCAGUGCCAUGUACAUGAACCUUGCCCACAUGCAGGCAGCUGCUGGGGCGAGUGGGGUGGCUGGCAGCCUGGGCGGAGCAUCUGCGGUCAGUCCGUCCACCUUGUCCGGCUCGGCCAGCGGGGGCGUGAACUCUAUGGCUGACCAGGCCAGUAGCCAGGCCGCCGCUAAGCUCGCCCUGAGGAAGCAGCUGGAGAAAACGCUGUUGGAGAUCCCGCCACCAAAACCCCCCGCCCCGCUCCUCCACUUCCUGCCUUCAGCCGCCAACAGCGAGUUCAUCUACAUGGUGGGCCUGGAGGAGGUGGUACAGAGCGUCCUGGACAGUCAGGGUAAACUCCGGGGGACGCUUUCCCGUAUGGAGCCAUUCUUCUGCGCCCAGUGUCGGACCGACUUCACCCCCCACUGGAAGCAGGAGAAGAGUGGGCGGAUUCUCUGUGAGCAGUGCAUGAUGUCCAAUCAAAAGAAGGCUCUGAAGGCAGAGCACACUAACAGGCUGAAGAACGCCUUUGUGAAGGCCCUCCAGCAGGAGCAGGAGAUCGAACAGAGGCUUCAGCAGGCGGCCCUCUCCCCCAGCUCUGCCCCGAGCGGCCCUAACGCCUCCAAAACCGACUCCCUGAUUCGACAUCACGCUCUACGCCAGACCCAACAACCUCAGGCCUCUCUGCAAAGGAGUAUGUCCAACUCCGCGCGAGGCGUCCUGUCUAACUUCGCCCAGGCCUCCCAGUUGUCAGUGGCCAGCAGCCUCAUGGGGAUGACCAGCGGAAAGCACUGUGGCAGCAGUGGCGGCAACAGCAGUAGCAGCAACAGACUGCAGCAUGACAGCCGUCGCCAGAUCUACAAUAUCCCAGGGUUAAAUAUCGCCUAUCUGAACCCCGCCGCUGUCGGCGCCCAUAAGAACUCCAGCUUAGCAGACCGUCAGCGAGAGUACCUGUUGGACAUGAUCCCACCACGAUCCAUAUCGCAGUCCAUCACCGGGCAAAAAUGAGCCUGAUGGCCCAUCAGAAGACGCCUGGCCCCAGGCCCUGUUGUCCUACCCCACGCUAAAGCACUCCGACGCCGGCCAAUAAUAGCCCCCCUGAAACCCCAGGCCCCACCCAUUCAUCGCAUGCAGUGCCUGUCCAUGUGCCUACCUUCAAUCCACCCAUUGAAAAGCCACCAGGUCACGCAAGGACAAUAAAAUUUCAGCGCAUUUCAAAUUGAGCCACAUGGUGAAAUUCUUCUUGGUUGGCAUCGUAAUUCACUGUUGGUAGCACUUAUUAUUAUUAUUAGUAUUACUAUUAACCUUUAUUUUUGCUUCCAUUACUAUUACUCAUUAUGCUUUUUGAAUCGUAGUAUUUGUUUUUCUAAUGUCAUUCUUUGAAGAAAGUGACAGUGGAUCAUUGUAGGGUCGCUUCAGACCUUUUUUUAACGCUCCACUCCGAUUAAAGCUUGGAUUGGAGUACAGCUAGUAACAGAAGAUCAACAGGGUGCAUUCUGCUUACUAUGCAACUUUCAAGCUUUGUAUGGUAUACUAGAGCUUCAAAGUGGAGAAAAGUAAUCGGGACAUAAGUCGUAUCCAGUUCAAAACAGGAUAAAGACGUUUCUCCAUUUGUGUGAGGGCUCAUGAGGACAGAGCAUCCUUUUCACACCAUCGCAUGUCGUCAGUCCCUGCACCAUCACUGCUAGCUGGAAAUGACAGAAUGGUGCAGUCGUCUCUCGGAAGGAGAAUCCUAUUGUCAUCAAACCUUUUCCAUUUGCUUAUCACUCCCCUGUCACGCGUCAGAGUCCCAUCAAUAACGUAGUGGAUGUACACGGGACGCUGGUUCUACCAGUCAGCACUGCAGCCGUUGUGGAGUCGCUGUCAGGAUUAGGGAUCUUUGGGAACUUGUCCAGAAUCGAGAGCGAAGAACAAAGUGGAUGUGACAACCAUCUUCCCAACCACACCACCCUUAACUACCUUUGGUUAUGCACAGACUGGACCCCUUCCACCCAGAAGCUCCUUUUCACACCUUCCUGCAAAGGUGGAAGUGCACCCAAACACACCUUCUCACGUUUGUAUUUUUCUGACUCUUGACCCCCGCGGAAACCCCUAAAUACUCCUUUUUUUCCCCUUCUUCUUUAUUUUUUUCAUCAUUUUUGCGGCGUCUCUUCUUGAAAUGUUGGCAUACCUGAGAGGUAUCUGCCAUCAGGAGACGAUAAUAAUCAAGAAAGCUAAAAACAAAAAAACUAUGUAUGGAUUAUGUAUAGAUACCUUGCGUCAGAUGGAGAAAAGAAAAGAUGUGGAUUAUAUCUUUUAUGGGAGAGACAUGGAUCAAUCAUUGUGUGCAUGUUCUGCGCACAAGUUGCCUCACUCCAGAGGAGCACUUUGCAUAUUUCCAAUUGGAAAAAAAAACAAAAAACUUUCUUUUUUUUUUUUUUUUUUUUUUUUCUCUCAGAAAAAGAAUGUUACAAUUAAGAGUCUCUUAAGGUCUGGAAGCUGGCUGAUGGCCUGUCAGAGAGUCACGGGUUGUCUGGUUUACUUUACAUUUUACAUGUGCUUUUUGCCGUGUUCAUUUCCAAAUGUUGGACCUCAUGUUGCAUGUCGCUGCUGCCUGCUGAGGCCAGAAAGCAAGGAGUACACUCAAGUAUACACUCAUGGUCUUUGGACCGAGUCAUAUUCAGAACAAGAAACUGGUAAGAACCCAGCUACUUCCCCUUUUCCACUGCACAGUAUCGUCAUGGCUCACUCUGCUGGCGCUUCAUUGAAUGUGUAAGUCAGUUGAUACGCGUCACAACUACAGUUAAGAAAAACAAGAGUCCGCUUUGUUUACCCAAAGUGUUGCAAUGUUCCACCUCAGUAAAACUGGUAGUAGGCAAUAUGGGACAGGAUGGCUGAACAAAAUAGAAUAUUGGGGAACUGUACCAGACAACUUAUGACAAGCUCGGAUCAAUAUAGCAGACAACAUGGAAACCCAAGGUGUUGGUUCACAGCACAUUUUUAUGGAUCUAUCUUUCCAAAGAUACAUCUUGACCAUAUACGGCACGGUAUCCAUUAGGGGUGUCCCAAUCCGAUAUUGACAUUGGAUAUUGGUCCGAUAUCAGCAGAAAUCAAGGUAUCGGGCUUGCAUCUAAACCUUCCGAUAUGAUGGUAUGUGUGCUGAGUUGUUGCGUAGCUAAGUUGUGCACAGCUUAUCAUAUUUUGCUGACUAUUAGCCGCAUCGGUACAUAAGGCACACCCACUAAAUUUUAAGAUAAAUACGAUUAUUUCAUAUAACGAUACUUGCCGUAUUGGAUUAUAGGCCGCAGAUGUAUACCGCUACGAUGUGAAAUGAGAUAUUUACAGAUAAAAAAUUUGUAAACAUUUAUAUACAUACCUUAAUUGUUUCCCAACAGUGUCUGUAACAGCAAUGCAGUAAAAUUGCUGGCUCUGUCUGUAAGUGUCCUUAGAUGAGGAAUGGUGGAGUCUAAAAACUGUAUUGUCAAUAUAGGAUCAAAUAAUUAUAGUUACAGUACAUAUUACUUUCAGAUAAUAAAGGCUCCAAAGCAGAAGCGUAUUAGAAAGAAUCCAGUACCAAGCGUGUCAGUAUCAUUUUAUUUCCUGUGAAAUGAGCUUAAUUUAAUGAUUUUUUUGUGGCCACUAAGUGUCACUAGAAGCAAUCGCCACUCAACUUCAAUAAGUAGGUGAGUUUUUUUAAUACCUGGCAUUGUUCUCUGUUUGAUUAAUUUAACUUGAUCAAACCUUUUCCAACAUUCCACAUUACAUGAUAAAAGAUCUUGCUGAUAUCGUAAAGGUUCAAUAUCCGUGUCAGCCAAUGGGAGGUGUAAAGGUUGUAUCGGAACACCCCUAAUCCACGUGUACCCCUACCCUGACAUGUGUGUUGUCCACAUGUAGCUUUUUCAAUAUUACAUAUAGAAAUUCAUGAUUUUAGAGGCUUAAAAGAAUGACGCUGCAGCAAAGUGGAGACUGUGUUGUUCUAAUAUUCCAGAAUCCAGAGCAGAGUCACAGCAAUAGAACAAGCUAAUAUUAGCAUGUGUGUUUGUUUUUAUCAAUGAAAUGUAACAAAGGAGUAUGCUUUGUUGCACCAUAUGGUUUUGACUGAGCGGGUACUGGAAACAGAAAGGAGUACUUUCCCGUGGAAAUGCGAGUGGAGCCAUGCGGUGGAAAAGAGGGCGUACCUGUCCAGGUUACAUACUGUGAUUGUUUAAGAGAACAAGCAGACAUGUUUUGUUUUUAUACAAGUUCAUUUUAAAGUGUUCCAAUCUGGCUCCCGGCCCGUCAAAAAAGCUCAGCUUGACCCCCCCCCCCCUUUUUUUGUUGAUUGCGUGGUCUUCACAUUGUUCAAGCAGCAGUCGUUAGUUGCACAUCAUGGACAUAAUAUGCGUUACAAACUGCAUCUUUUACAGUAAAAAUGAUUGAUCUUCUCGGAAAGCUAUACACACAUCUUUGCGUAAUUGAAAGGGUCACCGCUAUGAUGAUGUGUCUUCAUAACAUAAGUUUCUUUGCACAACUGCACUCAUGGCUGGAACACAUCUCAAUACAGUUGAGCAGGGCGGCUUAUUUCGCAUUUAUGUGUAAGUAUUUAGUAUUUCUUGUACCCGCUUUCUGAGGUGCCUCCAAAGCCAUUGACGUAGGCCCUUUAAGUGCGACACCAUUCUUUUCGUGGCCACAGCAGCGACAGUAGUUUCCUUGAAUGUUCAUCAUCUAAACAUUGGAACCAUACCCAAACCAUGACUAGUUUUGCUUUGUUUAUCAAUUUGUAAUAUUUGAUUGUUUCGUCCACGCGUACCAUCCACCGAAUGUCCCUCGGUUUUGAAAUACUGCGAAUCUUUGUGUACAAUAGCGCUACAAUCAGUGUUUAACCUGUGUGUUUAUGGUACCUCGGUUUUCGUUAGUAACCUUUUCCAAAAAGUCCAACAAAAGCCGGAUCGUACAGUUGGACUUAACCCAAGACUUUGUCACUAAUGCGUGGUAUUCUUUGCAGAAUAAUACACAAUCAGACUGUCCCACGAGUAUUUGGCCGUACGAAAACCGUGGUAAAACAUUUGACAAAAAUUAUCUGACAAGCGGUAGAAAAUGUGUGGGCGGAUGGAUCUAUGAUCCUAGGAAAACUGGGGCGUAGAGAAACCGAGGUACCACUGUACAAGGUUGAAGGUCUGUUGGACCGUUUUCCGUAUGAGAUCUAAAGUCUGAAAAAGAGAUGUUGAAAUGAAGAAGUUCCGAUUGGACGCACUUUGUAGACAAUGCAGAACUCGUAUCGUGAACAGUUUGAAGAACUUUUACAAGUCAUACAAUACAACUCAUACAAGGUACAAUACAAGGCUGUCUAUAUGGGGAUGUGAGUCAUGUAGAUACAAGUAACAGUAUAUAUUUAUAUAUAUAUAUACCAGUCCACUUCUAGGCACAUUGGAACUAAAAGGGUGGCACUAGACGCAUCAUUCUGUUGAUUAGUGGACAUGGAAGUUGCAUACCAAGUAUGAACAGAAAAAGCUGGAUGUGGUUCAUUUGUUGACUUCCAUCAGUUUUGUACUUAAAUAUUUACUGUACAUCAUGACAUGCUAGCACCAUCUCAGUCGCAACACAUGCUGCAAUACAUUUAUCAGUCCCAGACCAUACCGUGAUGAGCUACAGUGAACUAUAUCUUUUGAUCAAAACACGUUGUUGAAGCAAUUUAGCUUGGAUUGUGUUGACAUAUGUACACACCUUUGAUUAAAAUGGGUGGGUUUGGUACUCUGGUCCGUAACGGGAAAAAAUUGAAGUUGUAUUUACUUUGUUUAGCACCUAACCCGAACUGCUUACCCCUAACUUGUUGCAUUCACCCCACACUCUUACCCCUAACCUGUUACACCCUAAAAUGUGUAACCUUAAUCUGUUACCUCUAAUCCUAACCCAAAACUGGUUACUGCACUCCUAAUCCUAUUUUCUUACCCCAAAUUUUAACUGCUUGAAUCUAGUUACUUCUAAUUUUAAUUGGUUUUUUCUAACCCCUAACCCUAAAUAGAUACUCCUAUCCGGUCACCUUUACCUUAACUGCUUACCACUAACCAGUUACCUCUAAUAUUGAAUGCUGACCCAUUAUCAAUUACCUUAAAUCCUCAUUCUGACCCCUAGCAGUUUACCCCAAACCUUAAAUGCUUACCCCCAUCUAGGCGUGUCUUAAUGAAAUUAAACAAUGGAUGUCCGCUAACUUUUUGCAACUCAACGCCAAAAAAACGGAAAUGCUGAUUAUCGGUCCUGCUAGACACCGAACUCUAUUUAAUAAUACAACUCUAACAUUUGACAACCAAACAAUUAAACAAGGCGACACGGUAAAGAAUCUGGGUAUUAUCUUCGACCCAACUCUCUCCUUUGAGGCACACAUUAAAAGCGUUACUAAAACGGCCUUCUUUCAUCUCCGUAACAUCGCUAAAAUUCGCUCCAUUCUGUCCACUAAAUACGCUGAGAUCAUUAUCCAUGCGUUUGUUACGUCUCGCCUCGACUACUGUAACGUAUUAUUUUCGGGUCUCCCCAUGUCUAGCAUUAAAAGAUUACAGUUGGUACAAAAUGCGGCUGCUAGACUUUUGACAAGAACAAGAAAGUUUGAUCACAUUACGCCUGUACUGGCUCACCUGCACUGGCUUCCUGUGCACUUAAGAUGUGACUUUAAGGUUUUACUACUUACGUAUAAAAUACUACACGGUCUAGCUCCAUCUUAUCUUGCCGAUUGUAUUGUACCAUAUGUCCCGGCAAGAAAUCUGCGUUCAAAGGACUCCGGCUUAUUAGUGAUUCCCAAAGCCCAAAAAAAGUCUGCGGGCUAUAGAGCAUUUUCCGUUCGGGCUCCAGUACUCUGGAAUACCCUCCCGGUAACAGUUCGCGAUGCCACCUCAGUAGAAGCAUUUAAGUCUCACCUUAAAACUCAUUUGUAUACUCUAGCCUUUAAAUAGACCUCCUUUUUAGACCAGUUGAUCUGCCGUUUCUUUUCUUUUUCUUCUAUGUCCCACUCUCCCGUGUGGAGGGGGUCCGGUCCGAUCCGGUGGCCAUGUACUGCUCGCCUGUGUAUCGGCUGGGGACAUCUCUGCGCUGCUGGUCCGCCUCCGCUUGGGAUGGUUUCCUGCUGGCUCCGCUGUGAACGGGACUCUCGCUGCUGUGUCUUGGAUCCUCUUUGGACUGGACUCUCGCGACUGUGUUGUAUCCAUUGUGGAUUGAACUUUCACAGUAUCCUGUUAGAUCCGCUCGACAUCCAUUGCUUUCCUCCUCUCUAAGGUUCUCAUAGUCAUCAUUGUCACCGACGUCCCACUAGGUCAUUAUUGUCACCAAUGUCCCACUGGGUGUGAGUUUUCCUUGCCCUUAUAUGGGCCUACCGAGGAUGUCGUGGUGGUUUGUGCAGCCCUUUGAGACACUAGUGAUUUAGGGCUAUAUAAGUAAACAUUGAUUGAUUGAUCUAUUUACCUGUAAUAUUAUUUGUUUACCGUUAAAACCUGUUCCUAAAUAGUUACCACUAAUGCUAUACCCUAAUAGGUUGCCUCUUACCCUAACUGUUUAACCCUAACCCUAAAGGUUCAUAUAUAUUUCAAGUAAAGCUUGUCAAAUAAACAGGUACUUUUAAAGAGUGCUCAUGUUUGCCAUUUUAGCACCGGUCUUUCCUUUGGUCCAUGCAAUUUAUGUAUGAUCUCACUCGUUUGGUCUACUUACUAUGGUUGUGCAUCAAACAGGUUGGGUCGAGACCGCUUGAAGAUUGAAAUCUCGGUCUGCUUACAGUUUGGUUCACUUCAGCUCAAACGUGACUCGAGGACAAGUGUUAAAAUGACAGCGUAAAAUGUAAGAAUUUAGCAAUAUUGUACAGUACAAAUGUUCUCUCUAGAACUUUUCAUAUGUGUAUACUUUCCUCAACUUUAAAUGUAAUUUUUUUUUUUUUUGUGGUAACUUAAGUUUAAAAAAAUGUGUGGUUUAUUGCCGCUACCUGCAAGGAAAACACAUGAAUCCAGCAAAAGGCGCUGUCUCACUCUAUACUCUAAACCAGGGGUCACCAACGCGGUGCCCGCGGGCACCAGGUCGCCCGUAAGGACCAGAUGAGAAGCCCGCUGGCCUGUUCUAAAAAUAGCUCAAAUAGCAGCACUUACCAGUGAGCUGCCUCUAUUUUUUAAAUUGUGUUUAUUGACUAGCAAGCUGGUCUCGCUUUGCUGGACAUUUUUAAUUCUAAGAGCGACAAAUCUCAAAUAGAAUUUGAAAAUUCAAGAAAAUAUUUUAAAGACUUGAUCUUCACUUGUUUAAAUAAAUUCUUUUUUUUUUUUUUACUUUUAACUUUCAGAAAGACAAUUUUAGAGAAAAAAUACAACCUUAAAAAUUAUUUUAGGAUUUUUAAACACAUAUACGUUUUGGCCUUUUAAAUUCCUUCUUUCUCUUUCCUGAUAAUUCAAAUCAAUGUUCAAGUAAAUUAAUUUUUGUAUUGUAAAGAACAAUAAAUACAUUUUAAUUUAAUUCUUCAUUUUAGCUUCUAUUUUUUCGACGAAGAUUAUUUGUGAAAUAUUUCUUCAAACUUAUGAUUAAAAUUAAAAAAAAGAUAUUCUGUCAAGUCUAGAAAAUCUGUAAAAUCAAAUUUAAAUCUUAUUUCAAAGUCUUGAAUUUCUUUAAAAAAAUUUGUUCUGGAAAACCAAGAAGAAAUAAUGAUUCGUCUGUGUUAGAAAUAUAGCUUGGUCCAAUUUGUUAUAUAUUCUAACAAAGUGCAGAUUUGAUUUUAAGCUAUUUAAAACAUGUCUUUAAAAAUAUAUAUUUAUUGUGAGGAAUCAUUAAGAAUAUCAGUGUUUCCACAAAGAUAAAAAUCAUUAGUUAUUCAUAAUAACAUAAAAUUAAAUGUAAAUUGAGCAAAUUGGCUAUUUCUGGCAAUUUAUUUAAGUGUGUAUCAAACUGGUAGCUUUUCGCAUUAAUCAGUACCCAAGAAGUAGCUCUUGGUUUCAAAAAGGUUGGUGGACCCUGCUCUAAUCUAUACUCAAUCACAGAUUAUUUUAAGCAUAUUUGACAUAUUGUGGCCUAAAUUAAGCUUUUUGAAGCGUAAAAAUAGUUAAAUGAACUAAACAUAUCAGUACCAGAGUGGCCUAAGGAUGAGGUUAAACCUAUCUGUAUUGCGGCCACUGAUUAGCUCAGCAAUUGCUAUAUUGGAAUAAACAAGUGUAAAAGUGACUUUGUAGAUGUUAUUUCAUGUCUAGAGGGCUCUUGUGUUUAAAAAAAAAAAACAUGUUUUGGAUGUCAACAGAUUUUGUUAUGCCAAAGCUAUAAUAAAAAGUAUCGAUAUUUCAUUUUCCAAAACUCCAGUCGCUACCAGAGUACCAAACUGCAAGUUGACAUGGAAUAGUUUUUCCAGUAAUGGAAGCCUAAUCAGCCGUGAUGUUAUGAGAAACUUCUAACAUGUAUUUUAUAAAGCAGCAGAAAUCCUUUUAAUAAUGGUCUUUAGUCCGUGGUACAUAAUUCACAUUUUUCAAUUUAUGGCCAACAGACUUGGCUAAUAGCUAACAGUGCAUUUGCACUGUUAGCUAAUACUAAUAGUGUGUUUACUCUUUUAGGUUUUAGCUAAGCUGUGUGACGUGUAAACACCACGUCAGUGUCUUGUUUCUUUGCUCAGGUCAAACACAGGCUGUAAAAAAAAAAACACCACAGGUGAUGACUUGGCGGUAUUUGAACCUCAUAAUUAGCAUGUAUGCUAACAUAUUGGGCAGCAUUGGUGCAUGUUAGCUAGUUUGACGCUGACUGUUUCAGGGUUUGCAAAUUGGAUUAUUUUUACAAGUAGAUUUCGGAUUAAUGAACAAUACUUCGAAAUGUUUGCUGUCAAAAAUAAAUAAAUAGGACUUACCCAGAAGCACUUAAGUCACAUAGCCACCUUUCAUUUGAUCGCAGCUCGCGUUCAUGUGCUCGCAGAAGCUAACGCUUUAAGCUAAGCUAAAUGGUAAAAGAAUACCUUUGGUUUUGAAGAUGUUCAAGCGGAUUUAAGCCUUCUUGAUUCUGAUGAUCGUGCUCAGCAAAUACCAGGCACCUACCCACUUUUUCUGUUCCAGUUUUACAUUGGGGCAUUUCUUUUUCUGCUAGCGUUUACGUCCCGUGUCAGAAAACCUUUUGUCACAAAUCUUUACAUCAAGCUAGUGCUUCAGUGUAUUUUGUCACGUAAACACAAUUGGAUCUGCUAAAUAUCUUAUAUAGCAAACUGGUUGGUUUGAAAAAAAAAAAGCAAAGGCAUUUUUCCCCACUCAUCUUCAUAUGUUGCCAUCCGUCAUAAUUUUACAGUCUACCAGCAAAAGGUCCAUAAUCAAUGCAUACAUUAUUUAUCUGUUAGUUUUGUAUUGUAUACAUUUUUGUUUCAUAAAAUUUUUUUCGCAGCAAAUGCUUUGUAACAUAUGUAAGUAACAUUAAUGACAUCAUGUUCUGCUUCUUUGGACAAUGCAAACUAAGUGAAACCGAACCCACAGCAGCUCUGCUGUGACAGCCAAGUAAUGCACUCUAUCUUGCCUCACUUGCGACAUGACAAUAAUCAAUCCUGCACAAACGCAACAGAAUUAUUAACAGUCGGCCAUUAUGGGAGGUAUGUAGAGUAAUUUCGGAUUGACCCGCGACAAUUUACGGUAAAACAAUAGAUGGCCAAAAAGGUUUCGGCGUAAAGCGCAGAAAUGUUGUCAUAACAAGUAUGUUGUGUUACAGUGCUCAACGUCAAGUUUAUGACACAGCGGUUAAUUCAGCAGUAUGUCAUCUUAUCCAAAAUAAUAUUUGUAAUGCUAAAAUAGUGCCCAUAAAUGUGGCAAAAGCACAUUGUUUCAAAAUAGUAUUUUUGGUUUAUUGUGUGGGAGAAAAUACCAGUUGUUGAUUUACCAAAUUAAUUAGAUACACAUUUUUGAAAAACAAUUUUGUUAAAAGGGAACUGCACUUAUUCGGAAUUUUGCCUAUCUUUUACAAUCCUUAUAAAAUACAGGACAUACAUAUAACUAUACUUAUAUAUAUAUAUAUAUGUAUAAAUGUAUUGUGUGUGUGUGUGUGUGUGUGUAUAUGUAUGUAUAUAUAUAUAUAUAUAUAUACAUGACAUAUUUAUGUAUAUGCAAUAUAUAUACAUAUAUAUGUCAGGUAUAUAUAAAUGUGUAUAUAUACACAUAUGUAUCUUAUGUAUGUGUGUAUAUAUAUUAUAUGUAUAUACAUAUGAAUGUAUGUAUGUAUGUAUAUACAUAUACAUAUGUAUAUAUACAUCCAUGGAUGAAUGGAUAUAUACAUCCUUGUGUAUAUAUGUGUGUUUGUGUGUGUGUGUGUAUAUAUCUAUAUAUGUGGAUGUAUAUAUACGUGUGUGUAUGUGUAUAUAUAUACAUAUGUAUGUAUGUAUUUACAUAUGUGUGUGUGUGUGUGUAUAUAUAUAUAUAUAUAUAUAUAUAUAUAUAUAUAUAUAUAUAUAUAUAUAUAUAUAUACACAAAUGUGUGUGUGUGUGUGUGUGUGUGUGUAUAUUAAUGCAUUCUAACUCGUAAAUAAAAGUCCGCUUACAACGGGGCUAAUGGAAUGUCCUCUAUUCCGCCCAUAAAACCCAAUAAAUAUGGUUAAAUGGAUUAUAAUUGUAAAGCGAUUUUUUUCUCUUACACACUAUUUACAUGUCCAAACACCAAGGGCGGGCCAUUGCCCUAACCACGACCCAUCAGGAGAAAGGGUGAAGUGUCUUGCACAAGGACACAACGGACAUGUUGUGGAUGGCAGAAGCUGGGGGAACAAACCAGGAACCCUCAAGUUGCUGGCACAGCCGCUCUACCAACUGAGCCACGUUGUCCCAAAUAACCAUUCAAAAAGCGCCAACAAUACUCCGUUUAUGAGACGUGACUUGAAUAUUAAGCAAGUAUUGGUGAUAUUAUUAUAAGCUCUAACGCAGACAAUAUAUUUAUAGCAGCGCCGUGAUCACAAGCUUGUGUGCCAAUAUUUUACAUCACCGAGUGGUCUGCUGUUUCCUUGCUUCCUUGUUUGUUAAAAUGUUUUGUAGAUCAUAAAUAAUGGUGAGAACAACAUGAAAAGACGGUUGUUUCCACCCCCCGUCCUCUUUUCUUCGCGAGGAUUAUGAGUCAUUCUUCACCUAAACGGAAAUAUAACACUAUUCAGUCGGCAUUCUAAUGAUAGCACACCUCGUGCAGUAAGUGAUGUUUCAAUAUGGUUUUUGGCCGUCAUGAAGUAAUAAUCAGUGAUGUUGGGGAAAAAAGCAAACAGUGUGAUGCAUGUUUUAAAUUAAUGUGUCGCGUAUGUGGAAAAUCAGCAAAAUACUUAAAUACUAAAAGUUAUUUUAAAUGUGCCUUUUACUACAUUGCAUACAUACUUACAUCAUGUAUUUUCAACCUCAAUGAAGGUGUUUGGAUCUUUCUGAAGGACUUUACAGGCAGAAUAGAGCGACUCUCCUAGGCUCCAUUGUAAGCAAAUUUCUUUAGUAUCUAUUUACUAUUUACAAUGCAUAAAAAAAGAAAAACAUGUCAUCCUGUCAUCCUUACAAAAGGAUUGUGAAUGAUUGGCAAAAUUACCCCUCACAAAAAAAAUGUUCCCCUUUAAACAUAGUACAUUGAAGAGUUUGUUACAUGAUAUCAAAGUGAUCCCUGUAUCGUUCCAUGUUACUGUUAGUAUCAGUAUGUUUACAUGUUUGAUUGAUUGAAACUUUUAUAAGUAAAUUGCACAGUACAGUACAUAUUCCGUACAAUUGACCACGAAAUGGUAACACCCGAAUAAGUUUUUCAACUUGUUUAAGUCGGGGUCCACGUUAAUCAAUUCAUGUUAGCCUCAGCCUUCGCUAUGGAAAGUGUUUCUCCAGACUGGCAAGAUGAUGAUGAUGAUGAUGCUUGAACAAUCCAGGCCGUGAGCGGGUGGCAGCGUUCAUGAUGAAAUUCUGAAACUACCUAAAAAAAAAAGAUGUCAAGUUUCCACAUGGACAUCAAUUUUCUGCUGUGUCUCAAAUGGAGUACCUGCUUCAGUACACUUGGUUAAGUAGGCGGCGUACUUAGUUCCCGAGUGCACUUACUGGAAACAAUUGAAAACGAUUGCUUUCUUCUAUUUCUCUUUUUUUUCUUUUCUUUUUUUUUUGUUGGGCCGUGUUGAGUAGAACAAAGGAGUACUUGCACUAUAUUCUGCAAUCUUCUUGCACUCCCUAAGUGUACUAGAAGUGCACCAAUUGAGACACAGUCUGAGUUUGUUGAAAUCAAUCAAAAGUCCUUUUAUCUAAACAGUGGGGACAUCGGGUGUGACCUUGUACUACCUUUUACCAGCUGAGUCCCAAUUCUGGUCCCCCCAACCACAUCAAAACCAACCCUCUUUCUCGCUCUUUUCCUGCGCACACUUUUUUUAUUUGGAUUUCUCUUCCUCCUUGUUUUGUUUUGCUGCAGUUUGCAGACCAAAAGUAUUGAGUGAGACAAGCGACAGGAUACUUGCUAGUAAUAAAGACUUCUUGUACAUACGAGCCUUUUCCUCCCCCCGUGCUGAAAAAAGAACUUCAAUGGUUGUAUAUUGUGUAGAAAAUCCAACAAAAAGCCAUGAAUAUUGUGAAGCUUGUCAUUUGGUUUUGUGAUCACUGUGUAUUCUUGUGUAACUAAUGUGCAAAAUGUUUAGGAUUCUCCUUUCUUUUCUUUGCCAUCUUCCUUGAAACGGACGCGUGCUUCAACGCUUCUCGCUUCAAAGUUUCUUCAGACUCUGUUGUCUGCAUGUUAGUUUCCUGCAACAAUCAAAAUGCCUCGGUUCCCACUAAAGUGCUUGGAAAAUUGUUUCCGCUCAAAGUAUGAAUCAUUUUCAACUUUGUGUCUCUGCAGCAGAAACAUGCUGAUGUCAGCACAGGCAACUAACCGGGCCGCCCCGCAGCUCCUUUUUUCAGCGGCUUGCUACAUAUUGUAAAGAAAAUUAAUGCAUUGUUUCCUGUUGUGAAAUGUGCACAACGCAGGAAGUGACUGACCCAUCACAGUUUGCCGCCAUGCCCCCGCCCACAUCUGCUAAAAUUCCUCACAGUUGGUCAUAGUCCGUCCUUAUUGGUCAGGGGUCUCAAACUCAAUUUACCUGGAUGCAGAGUCUGGGUGAAGCUGGGCCGCAGGAAAAUAUUUCUUUAAAAAAUAUACUUUUAAAGGUCUCUAUUUUUAUUUUCAACACAAAAUAUCUCAAUAUAGAUGAACAAAAAGAGAAUUAAGGAACGUGAGGCAAUGCAAAUUAAACAAUAAAAAAAACAUAACGGUUUGAAUUGGUCCAGGUUAUAGGGGACUAUUAUUACUGACGGACAGGUGUCGCGGUGUGACUGCAGCCAGGCACAAAAACCCUCGUCUCUGUCGCUUUAACUCAUUUGCCGCUUUUCCACUAAUGCAGGGGUAGGCAACCCAGAACGUUGAAAGAACCAUUAUGGACCCAAAUAACAAAAAAUUGUUGCCAUGGAGUUUACAGUUACGGUAGCACAAUUAGCCCCGAACUGGUUAACAUCACGACUAACGUGUUACACGUCCGAUUCGCCCAGCGAGACUCUGUCGGAGUAUCAGCGCUGGGGUCCAGUACACCACAGUUUUGUAUUGUCGCUCAGUCCUUCGGCGGAGUGCUUUGGAAGCUACCGAACCACUCAUCUGGCGUCAAUGUUCGGCCUUCGAGAGCCACAUACCUCACCGUGAUUGGUAGAUUCCUUCAGCUCCGCACACAACGCUGUCAAGCGGCAUUCAUAAAAAAUUGUGGGCCGCACUAACAUUAAAUCUUCAUAUUAAGGUGGGGGCUGCAAAAUAUAGUCUCACAGGCUGCAAUUAGCCCGCGGGCCGUGUGUCUGAGACCUCUGGCCAGGGAUGUUCCAACCUCACAGAAAAAAAGAAAAGUUGCAAAGGAUAUUUUCAAUUGUGUUAUAUUUGUUUGUGAACACUGUAGGGAAAAUAAUCUAAAAUUUGAUUUGAAGAAAUGCAUUUGUUGAUUAUCUAAACACGUGAAUUUUUUAAAACGUUUACAUUUUUUUAAACUAAAUUAUUUUGGUCUAAAUAUAUUUUUUCAAACACUUUGGCAUUAUUUAUUUAAUUUGCAAUUGUAUUUAAAUCCUUCUUAAAUAUCAAAAAUUUGUGUUUCCCUUUAAUUGUGUGGUUUUAUCUUUCUUCCACUUUUGAAGUACUUAAAAAAAUGUACUGAAAUUUGUUUGACACUUUUACAUUUGAACAAAACAACCAAAAUAAAUACAUUCUCUGUCCCCCCCAAAAAUGGUGCUCUAUAUAUAUAUAUACAGUAUAUAUAUAUAUAUAUAUAUAUAUAUAUAUAUACAGUAUAUAUAUAUAUAUGUAUGUAUAUAUAUAUAUGUACUGUAUAUAUAUAUAUAUAUAUAUAUAUAUAUAAACACGCUAAUGUGGAUCUUGGUGACUCCUAAGGCUUCACACCAGGAUAAAAAAGAAAUGUACACAAUGGAUAUUUUCAUGUUUUUCAUAUUUGUGUUUAUAAAUACAACAGUAAAAAAUCCAUUUAAAAUGUUAAUACAUUCGGAUUAUUCAAAUACAUAAACAUUUUCAUUUUUUGAAACUAAAGUAAAUAAUAGAUUACUUUCAAUUUAUGUCUGUCUUUAUAUUUAUAAACACUUUGUUACACUAUUUCUUCAUUUGCAAUUUUACUUAAAUCAUUCUUAAAUAUCCAAACUAAGUUUUAUUUUGUUUACUUUUCAAUUGUGUGUGUUUUUUUAGGUGACGUUUCUGUUUCAUGUCUUUUUUCUUUUUCUUUUUUUUUUCUUUACAUUUGUGUUAUUUUUUGAAAAAAUGUUGGCCAACAAAAAAAACAGCUGUGGGUCACCAAAUGCUGAAGUUUGGACAAGUGUGCUUUAAGAGCACUUGUUUUUGUUGUUACUGACCAUCCCUAAAUGCCAAGUAUGCAUGACGCCACUACCAAAAGUUGCUGACAUCAGCAAACUUUCUGCGUUUGAGUACAUUUUUUCCUGCCGACAUCAGCAUCUUUUUCUCUGCAGUGAUAUUUUACCCAUAAAAAGUUAGUUUCAAGCAACUUUCAAGCAUUUUACAUCCAAACACGUUUAAAACCAGAUUUUUUUCCUUCUUUUUGCAAUGUUUUGCUCCCAUCAAUCCUGACCUUUUGCACAUACCUGAUAUUUAACGCUCUUCAAAAAACGAAAAAAAAGUCAAUGAAAAUAAUGCUGUUUGAAUACUGCCAGUUGAUUGACAAUUAUGCAUUGAUUGAAAAAAAAAAAUAAGCUAAUUUUGGAGGAAAUAACUUUGUAAUAUUUAUCUUGCAAGCUAUGUUUAAUAAAGGUUCAAACAAU